GAGGAACGAGGAAUACGCGGUGAAGAAACUCGUUCUGCUGGUGGAGUUUACCAAGCUAAGAUUUCGUUGCCGCUCACAUUUAUGUGUAUGUAUUUUUUUUUUUUUUUUUUUUUUUAAGAAUUAGCGUUGCUGACUUUUGAAUCUUAUUAUUAUUAUUAUUAUUUGAUUAUUUGAUUACUAUUAGUAAGUGAAACACGUAGUACAGAAUGGCCGCUUCGUCGUUGACGGUACACGCGGCGGCUCUGGGUAGACCGUCCGGACAGGCGACGUGUUCAGGCUGUGGGAGCAGUCUACAGCCAUCUCGUCGUCGUCGAACUUCCCAUCCAAUGGCUGCUGCUGCUGCCGUUGGAUCGGCGUCGUCCAUCAACGCAAGUCCUUCAUCGCGGUCUUCUUCUUCUUCUUCCUCCUCCUCCUCCUCCUCCUCUCCGUCUUCUUCAUAUUCAUCAGCUUCCCUCUUCUGCUCAUCGCCAAGUCGAGCACUGCCCCUUCAUCAGCCGUGUGGGUGUUCCUCUCCUUCUUCGGCAGCCGCGUGCAGCCCCGCUUGCCACUCUCCAUCCUCAGGUUGUUGCGCGUCCUCUAGGCUAUCUUCUUCUAGAUCAUGCUGGUCCCGCGGCGGCGCUGUCUCCCACGACUGCUACCGGAGACCGCUUGCCACUUGGCCAGCUACCGGUCGCAGGGGAAGCGGAAGUCAGCAGCACAUUCUCGUUCCGAAACGGUCGCGACAUGGCAGCGGUGUUGGCCGCAUUCAACGGGGCAGUCUAUCAAUCCAAGCGGGCAACCUAUCAAUCCAAGGCAUGGGAGUGGAGAUGGAGAACGGGAGAAGGAGAACGAGAAGGCGAUGGACGCCGACAAUCGUUAGAUGUGCGGGAAGUGACGAGCGGAGCGGGGGAACAGGUGGAGGAGAGGCAGGUGGAGAUAAGGUGGAUGCUUCUUCUUCCUCCUCCGCUUCGUCUAAUUCGUCUUCCCCGAAUUCGAUGACGACAACGACAACAACAACAACAACGACGGCGGCGGCGGAGACCAAAGCGGUCGGGAUCACUCCGCCGCCGACCGAGGUCGUGGAUAGUUCAACGACCGAAGGCGGGGUUAAUGUCGAUGGAGGAGGAGGGGAGCCUCAGCUACCGUUGCCGACAGUUUCCAGUGCUGAUGGGGAUAGCCUCCCUUCUUCUCAUGCCGAAGAAGAGAAAGUGCGUCUGGACGCGUUCAGCGUGAUGGAAUUGCUGGGGCCGGAGAAGGUCGACUCGGAAGAUGUGAAGUUGUUGAAGGACAGGUUAUUUGGGUACACGACGUUCUGGGUGACAAAACAGGAACCAUAUGGUGACUUUGGAGAGGGUGUACUGUUGACGGGAAACUUGAGAGGGAUGAGGGAGGAAGUGUACGAGAAAUUGCAAAAGUCGCUUAAAGAGUUAAUGGGAGAUAAAUAUGAUUUGUUCAUGAUUGAGGAGCCUAACGCUGACGGCCUUGAUCCUAGAGGAGGACCACGUGUCAGCUUCGUCUUGCUCCGAAAAGAAGUAUCGCAGCCAGGCCCUACAACGUUCUGGCAAUACAUGCUCGCAGUCGGCCUUUUCUUCCUCACUGCCGGGGCAUGCUUGGAGUUGGGAUUAGCCUCACAGGUCUCUCGGCUCCCUGAAGAAAUUGUGAGGUAUUUUGCAAGUCCUGACCCACAAAACAUGACGACUCCAGAUGUGUCUUCUCUUGCGCCAUUUGUCGACAGCGCAUUGCCUGUUGCCUACGCUGUUUUCGGUGUUCAGCUUAUACAUGAGGCUGGUCAUUGGGUGGCGGCUUUCCCAAGGAAAAUGCGUCUUGGAAUGCCCUACUUCAUCCCAAACAUAACAAUUGGCAGCUUUGGUGCUAUAACCCAGUUUGCAUCUAUCUGUCCAGACAGAACCGCAAAGUUUGAUGUUUCUAUAGCAGGACCAGUCGCAGGAGGAGUACUCUCUCUUGGGGUAUUUGCUUACGGACUUGCACUCUCUGUCUCACCAUCCAGCCCUGAUGACCUCAUUCAAGUCCCCAGCCUCUUGUUCCAAGGAUCUCUGGCACUUGGCAUAGCAUGUAGAGCAGUCCUUGGAUUCAAAGCAGUGCAUGCUCCCUUUGUGGCGAUCCAUCCACUCGUUGUGGCAGGGUGGUGUGGAUUGACCACAACAGCGCUGAAUCUUCUGCCAGUUGGAUGCCUAGAUGGAGGAAGGGCUCUGCAGGCAGCUUUUGGUAAAGGGGUAUUGCAAGUCACUAGCAUCGUCACCUAUGUGCUUCUUGGUCUGAGUCUGCUAGGAGGCACUUUGUCAUUGCCAUGGGGCUUGUAUGUCCUCAUCCUCCAGCGUAAUCAAGAGAAGUCGGCGCUGAAUGAUGUCACGGAGGUCGGUACUCUCAGGCAAGGGUUACUUGUAUUUCUCCUCACGCUGUCUGCUUUAAUACUCUUACCAGUGCUCCCCCCAAUUGCAGAGGAUUUAGGAAUAGGCCCGACGCCACUGGACCCUUUCCUGUAAAACCAUUUUUAGAAGGGGAACUACAGACUCUGUUGGUUCAGCUUUCCUUGAUUUGCUAUUCUCUUCUACGGGCAUAAAGAGUUCUCGCUUUUCUCACAAAUUGUGACGUCACAGACCAGAAAUGCUACUAAUGAUACUGGACAGUCUUUAGGAGGUAGAGACAGCGCUCUCCCCUCUUCUUCCAUCCCCUUCCAUUCUGUUUGAGGUUUGACAGUGUUGUCGCACUCAGCGACAAUGCAGUCCCCAGCUACUGCCGUGCUCGGUAAGGAAGCCAGCCCCUUUGCAGUUGAUGAAGGCGGCAUCGGGGCGUGAGUCUUGGGACCUUGUACUCAAGUUGCUUAGCUAUUGACUUGUAGUAACACCUUUAGUCUUUCUUUAGUCUUUCUCUAUGGUGCGGCAACUUUAUCUAUGGUGCGGCAACUUUCUCCAUGGUGCGGCAAAAACGCCUUUAGUCUUUCUUUAGUCUUUCUCUAUUGUGUGGCAAGACAUGUGGAGGGUAUUCAUUCGCAAUCAAGGCAUCAUCAAGUCGAGGAGUCUUCUUGAACUGCGCAGUCCAAUUAGUACGCUAAAGCUGUAGCCUUUAGCUAUGAAAUUGUGAAGCAUCGGAAGCUCUCGGCUAUAUUAAGAAAGAAGGCAGCUGAUCGACUCUUUGCGGGCACAGCAGUUUUGCAAUCCACUGCUUUUGUUGGUGUGUCAAGCAUCCCGCUACAAAUACUGGCUGCAUACAUACUUUAGCUAUAUAUUAUUAUACUUAACGCUUCAUGUAGAGAAAACUAUAGCACAUCAUCUGAGGCCUUACUUUCAUGCGGAGGACGCAUGCAAACAAAAGAAUGAGAGUGAUGAAAAGGACUCCAGCAUCGCUCUUAGCUAUGUCAACUGCAGAGCUACCGUCUUGACCCGAGUAGAACACCCGGUCAUUAUUUUGCCAUAUCUGGACUGAAAGUUGGACCAAAUACAGCUACAAUGACGGGGCGUUCUGUUUGGGUGAAGAUGGGAUGGGAGGGUGUGCGAGAAGAGAGAGGGAUGAGGAACACCUGAUUUCAACUGUGGUCAUGUACAGAUUAUAAUCUGGUCUGGCAAUCAUCAGUUAGCGACGUGAUCCUCCCUGCCAAAAGGUUUGCUUGGCUGUUACGUUUACUGCCAUGGUCAGCAGCACCCUGGAAAGUAGAGAGAGAAAGUGGGGGGGGGGGGGGGGGGGGGGGGGGGGGGGGGAGAAAGUGGGAGGGACAUAGCUGGCGGCUUUUCUCUCCUGCGCUAGCUUCAGUUCAGAGCUGUACUGAAGCGUAAAUACUAAAUAGUAUCAAGUACCGCUGUAUACAAAAGCUAAGCCUCCUCGUCCAUCCAACCUGUGGUGUGGAUGAGAGCGAGUAUUUUGUUCAGUCCGAUCGAAAAAUGAGUUACGUCGGGUGAUGACGAUGAACAAGCUGUGAGUAAUUUGAGAUAAAUUUGAUCUCUGGGCUGCAGUACUUGACGCUGGUCCAGCGGCCUGUUAACUGGAGCUGCUGUGCUUCUCUAAACUUGCAGGGUUGUACGAGUUUUAUAACUUCUCUUAGCUGAGUUCCUCCUUCUCCUCUCUUCACAGUAGAAAACCUCUGUUUUUCUCUUUUUUUUUGCAAGCAACACCUUGUCAGGGGUGGUCUCCCUGGGAAGAUAUCAGUACCACCAGGUGACCAGGUACUACCCUGAUGCACGUGGCUCCGGUCUUAUUGGUGGGGGGGAGGAACACCUGCUGGAAAUCGAGUCCACUGUCCCAUGCGUAGAAGACUAGAGUCCUUGAAGGCAGCUAGCAUUGUGAAUCUUGUGAUUUCACUUG